UUGCCUUCCCUUCUUGACCCUUCCUAGAGCCCCUUUUACUCACACACAGGAGGCUAUGGUUUAGUGCUGUUGCCCUCUACGCCACACCCCAAGACCCAGCAAGCAAAUUUACAAACAAAAAGUGAGGCCAGCCUAGGUACAACUCAACAGGACCCCCCAACUGCUACCAGAGAAAAGGACCCUGGAAGAACAUGAAGUACGACUGGAGGUUGGCCGGCCUGAUCCUGACCAUCAUUCUUAUCCAGGGUAUUGUGGCCCAGACAGAGGAAGUAGGAAAGCCUGUGGACCUGGAUGACAAUCAACAAGAUGGGACUGUACUACUAACCUGCAAUUUUCAAGGGGUAGAAACUGUUCAGUGGAUUAAAGAGGGAAUGAUCCUGAAGGAAACUAAGAGAACAUUAAACCUGGGAAGUAUCUCCGAAGACCCCCAAAAUGUAUUUUGGUGUAGAAACUCAACAAAUACAACAAAGAAAGAAUCACGCCCACUUCACGUAUAUUAUAGAAUGUGCCAAAACUGUAUGAAGCUAGAUGGAGUCACUCUAUCAGGCCUAAUCUUAGCUGAAAUCAUCACUCUUUCCCUUCUUGCUGUUGGUAUCUACUUUAUUGCAGGGCAGGAUGCAGUUUGGCAGUCAAGAGCUUCAGACAAACAGACUCUGCUAACUAACGACCAACUUUACCAGCCACUCAGAGAUCGAGAAGAUGACCAAUACAGUCACCUUCAAGGGAGUCAUCCUCGGAAGAAGUGAGCUUUCAGACUCAACCUGAUGGUGCCCUUCCACUCCCCUACUUCUCCAUCCCUCCUCUGCAAUUUUGACAACUGCUUCUAAAUAAGCUUCCCCCUUUCCAGUGUGACUGUAACAAUCCAUCCCUCCUGCUCUCCACGGAUGGGCUCUGCUUAGCCAGAACACAAGCUGUGUAGUUGGACUGAUUGGGGCAGCCCCAUUCCCAAAGUGCUGGGGUCAGACUGGAUGUUAAUGGCAUUUCAAAAACACAUUUACUGGGUGCCUGUAAAUUCUUCUCCAGCAGUGUCUGGAGCAUUCUAAGGCAUUGAA